UUUCUCGGAGCUGCGAGUAAUCAACACAAAGAUGGAUAAAAUGUAAGGAAAAUAAUGAAAAUGUCUUGAAAAACACUCUUAUUUACCUCCAGUCUGAAGAUAAGAUUUAGGUUAGCAACCAAAUCUUCUAUUUUCUCCUCAACACUCUCACUGUUUUGAGUACUUUUCAAAUCUUCCAAGCAUAAUCUACACACAGCACCCUUCUUCAUCUCUUCACUGCUCAUUUUCCUAUUUUUCACGGGAUUUUCCACUCAGUUCCCACGAUUCCUCGCAAUACCCGCAUCGAAACCAAAACAAACAGAAAUCCGACAGUAGCGCCUCUCGCGUGAAAGCCGCACAGGCUUGUUAUAUAACAGACUCGUAUAACAAGCGCGUUCAGUGGGGGAGCCGCGUGUAUUUGUUGCGCUUUUCCCCGGCAAAGUACCCCAUUUCAGUGAAUUUUCAGUGCUUAUCGCCUUCUGGACACCAUGAAGGGCGUUUGGGUGUUUCUCAUUCUGCUGGCGGUGCGCCUCUUGUCCGUGUUGUUCGUGAAGACCUCCUACGUUCCGGAUGAGUACUGGCAGAGCCUGGAGGUGGCGCACAAGCUUGUUUACGGCUACGGCUACUUGACGUGGGAGUGGACGCAGGGCAUUCGCAGCUACUUGCAGCCCCUGAUCUUCGCGGGCGUCUACAAGGUGCUGGACUUGUUCCACGUGAACUGCGUCUUCGCCCUGACGCUGCUGCCGCGGGUGCUGCAGGCCCUGCUGAGCGCGUACGCGGACUGGAGGUUCUACAAGUGGUGCCAGUGCUCCAAAUGGUCACUGUUUGUCGUCGCCACGUCCUGGUUUUGGUUCUACACGGGCUCCCGGACGAUUAUCAACUCCGCCGAGGCUUCGCUGACCACAAUUGCGCUGAGCUUCUAUCCGUGGCGCGGUGAGAGCGCCUUGUACUUGUGGUACGUGGCCCUGACGGCCUUCAUUCGGCCCACAUCGGCCGUCCCGUGGGUUCCGCUGUGCCUGCAUCACAUCCGGAACUCGCGCAUUCCCGUGCUGCGCCUCUUGCUGACGCAAUACCUCCCGGUCGGAGCGGUUGUGGGCGUCCUUAACACGGCGGUGGACUACCUAGGCCACGGAUCGCUCGUGUUCACGCCACUGCGCUUCUUCAAGUUCAACGUGUGGCAGAAUGUUGGCAGUUUCUACGGGAGUCAGCCCUGGCACUGGUACUUUUCCGUGGGAUUGCCAACAGUGCUGGGCGUGGCGGCGAUUCCGUUCUUUUUGGGCGUGCUGGACACCCUGAAGAACGUCUCGGCGAGUAAUUCCCGGCGCUUGAUCUUGCUCAUCUCCAUUGCGACGACUUUAGUGGUGUUCAGUGCGCUGCCGCACAAGGAAUUCCGCUUUGUGCUGCCCAUUCUGCCCAUGUGCCUCUACCUGAGUGCCGAUCAGUUGAGUCGCUGGAGUCGCAAGGCCAGCAAUGUCGCCAUCUGGGCCGUCACACUGACUCUGCUCGUGGGAAACGCCCUGCCGGCCGGCUAUCUGGGUCUGUACCAUCAGAAGGGCACCACGGAAGUCAUGCCUGUGCUGGCGAAGAUCGCGAGGGAAUACAAGACGGUCGAGGGAGAACGCGCCAGCAUCCUCUUCCUCAUGCCUUGCCACUCGACGCCGCUGUACAGCCACGUGCACGCCAACGUCACGCUGCGCUUCCUCACGUGCGAGCCCAAUCUCACCGACGAUCCCAACUACGAAGAGGAAGCCGAGACGUUCUACCGCAAUCCCACCGCCUGGCUGGACGCCAACGUUCCCGCCUAUCCGCCCAGCGAGAUGCCCUCUCACUUGGUCCUCUUCGACUCGCUGAAGCCCAAGAUUGUGGAAUUCUUGAGCAAGUACAGCGAAACGCACUCGUUCUCUCACGCAAAUGUGCUCCUCUCCGAUCGGGUGGGCAAGAAUGUUCUUGUCUUCGAGAGAAGUGACCAGAAGACUGAAAAUACUCAACAACAGCCGAAGAAAAAGGCGAAGAAGGAGAUUCACGUUGAGGAGAACUUGGACGCGAGAGACGGCGAAUUGUAAGGAGAUUUUAAACUUGUGACAAAAGCGUACAAAAGAAUUGAACAAGUAACUUUUUUUAGAGAAAUUUAAGCAAAAGUGCAAAAAUCAGGGAUAUUAUUAAAACGAAAAGCAAUAUUUGAGAAUUCUAAAUUAUAAUUCUUGGCGCGCGAUUGAAAUGCAAAAAAUGUGUGCAUUUUUUGUCCAUAUAUUUUGAUCCUCAAACUAAAAUUCAUCACAUUGAGUAGAAAAUGAUUCAUAAUAAGUUUCAUGCCAUCAAUGAAAAGGCGAGGCAAUUUCAGAAGUUCUCUUUCUCUCUCUAACUUGUUAAUUUUAUUUUGAAAGUAGAUUCUUCAAAAGACAUGAAUAUUUCGAGUGAAUUUUGCUGCCAUUUGUGCAAUUUACUACCAAGUUUGUAAGAUUUACUGUUUCAGCUUCUGAAAAUUGUCUACUCUUUGAUUUAUCAACACUCUUAUCUCGAGUCUUAUCUAGUUUUACUUCAUGCGUGUUCAAAAUGUAGUCUUAAGUUUGUAUUUCUCUUUCAUUUCAUGACUUCUUUCUGUAAUCACAUUUGAACUGUUUUGACAAAGAAUUGGAAACUCUUCUCGUUGAAGUGUUAAAUAAAAAUAUAAUGGACUUUUUAAAAUACAUGCUUUUUCUCUCUCUCUUUCUCUGGAAAACAUAUGAAUUUCAUUAUUGUGAAGAUCAGGCGAAUUUCUGUACACUUUCAGCGUCUCUCGGUGACUCAGGAAAUCUCAACUGAAGAAAUAGGAAUUUAAGGAUUUCAAUUUGCAAGCAAAAUGUGUGACAGAGAAAUAGAAUUCAAGUGAAAAGCUUCAACUUUAGUGCUAGAAGAAAAUUCAGUGUAAUUGAAGCUGUUAUCAGAUUUUUCCUAAGAAGUUAAGCAAUUUUAAACUUCUGUGGGAAAUCUCUUAAUUCUCUAAUAUCAAAUUAAAUGUUUUCUUUCAACCAAUUAUCAAUACAAUGGAUUUUCACAAGCGACAGAGAUUUCUCCUGAAACUUUUCAUCUUUCUGAACAUUUUGCAAACGUGCUGAAAUCUUCAGUUUAGAGAGUCUUUGAACUGUUUUUUUUAUAAUAAAAAUUAAGCAUCUUUUACCUUAAAAUUUCGUCACACUUACCAAAAUUCCAAUUGAAGCUCAGCGGGAAAAAUUGUGAAAAAUAUUAAGUAAAACAACUCCCAACGAACUUCUGAUUAACAAUCGGUUUUUAUGUCUGUUUUUUUUUCAUCGCAUAAAAUAUUUAAAUAUUUUAUAUUAGCAGCUUGCAUUGCGCAGUGAUGUUCAUUGUUAUUUACCUUUUACACAAUAUCUCGAUAUUUUAUCUUAAUUGUAUACACAAAAGAUAAAAUCGAUAAAAUCAUACAAAUUGAUCUAAAAAGUGUGACUUUUGUUUUUUAUAUUAUUUUCUU